CUAUGUAGGGUGCUAAUAUUCUGCUGACUGAUGAUGGAGAUGUCAAACUUGCUGACUUUGGCGUCUCGGCACAGAUAACACAGACGAUAGCAAAGAGAAAGUCGUUCAUCGGCACGCCCUACUGGAUGGCCCCUGAGGUGGCCGCUGUGGAAAGGAAAGGAGGCUAUGACUUCCAGUGUGACAUCUGGGCGGUUGGGAUCACAGCUAUAGAACUGGCAGAACUUCAACCACCUAUGUUUGAUCUACAUCCUAUGAGGGCUCUGUUCCUCAUGUCAAAGAGCAACUUUGUUCCGCCGAAGCUGAAGGACAAGAAUAAGUGGACACCAGUAUUCCAUGCAUUCAUUAAAACAGCACUAAUCAAGAACCCAAAGAAAAGGCCCACUGCCAGUAAACUCCUUCAGCAUGCCUUUUUCCAAGACAACAUAGAUACGCUGACAAAACAGACGAUGAGGCAACUGUUAGAGAAGGCUCGUAAUGUCAACCCAGGCUAUUCACCUAUAGAAGACGAUGAGGAGGAUAGGUUAGAUGAUCAGCCUUUAGUUAAUGUGAAAAAGAGAGUUUCGUCAAAGAGGACAGACCAGAAAGACAGACCUGCUUCAGAAAUCAACAUGGAGUUUGUGAAGAAGGUGAAAGAGGUCCCCAGGUUGCCUCCCGAUGACGAUGUCAUGCUCGGUGAAGGUAACUACCAAGGAGCGCAUGAAUGGAACCCAAGCAGCUCAGAAUCAGAGGGGAGAAAGAGUUUACUCGCUUCUGUUGAGGAAGAGCUACAGAAACGGGGUCAUCAGACCAAUGAUUUCAAAGGGGCUGAAGAGAUCACGGAGGAGGGCAAACACGACACAUUACCGCAUGGUGAUCAACCCCCACCUCUACCACCAAAGCAAAAGUCAGUGAAAUUCUCAGUAUCAUCCAACGGAACUGCAUCCAACGCGUCAACAAGAGAAAGCAUGCCUCCGUCGUUACCCCCAACCAAGCCGAACAGACCGCAGCCGAAGAUGGUGAACGGAAGAGCACCCACGACGGAAGGGGAGAACACGGAGGAUAUCGACAACAAACCGCCCAUCGUACCACCGAGGAGGAUACGAAAUGAAUUCCUGGAGCCACCGCCCCAGCAAGCUAGCAACGGGCUUCCCCCAACACCCAAAGUCACUAUGGGAGCUUGUUUCUCCAAGGUUUUCAAUGAGUGUCCACUAGUAAUACAUUGUUCAGCAAGUUGGGUUCACCCAGAAACAAGAGAUCAGUACAUAAUAUUUGGUUGUGAUGAGGGCAUCUAUAUGUUUAACCUCACACAAAUUCAUGAAGGUGCUAUGGACCAGAUGUUUCCUCGGAAAACAACAUGGUUAUAUAUCAUAAAUAAUAUCAUGAUGUCAUUAUCAGGCAAGAACCCCAGUAUCUACCAACACAACCUGGUUGCGCUGGUGGACAAGAACCCCCAUAGGUUUCACAUGCCAAGCAGGUUCGGUGAGAAGCUACAGAGAAUACCAGACAAACUAGUACCUAGGAAGUUUGCACUAAGUCACAAAGUACCUGACACAAAAGGCUGUACAAAGUGUUGUGUUGUGAGGAAUCCAUACAAUAGUCAUAAGUACUUAUGUGGAGCUCUACCUACAGGUGUGGUAUUACUCCAGUGGUAUGAACCUAUGAACAAAUUCUUACAAGUCAAGGUGUUUGAAUGUCCACUGCCUCCAGAGAUCAAGGUCUUUGAAAUGCUCAUCAAACCAGAUGCUGAAUUUCCUAUUGUGUGUGUCGGGGUAGCAAGGGGGGUGGACAGGUCGCACCUGACGUUCGAUGUGGUGAACCUGAACUCAACGAGCAGCUGGUUUGUGGAACACCCUCCGACGGAGAAACUCCUCGACGUCGUCUGCGUGUCCCAGAUCGAGCGAGACACGGUCCUGGUCUGCUUCGACAGUGAGCAUGCAUCGGCCAAGCUCCGCGGUGAAGUGAAGGUUGUUAACCUCAAUGGCAGGCCAAGGAACAGCAAGAAACUCCUGACAGAACUCCACUUUGACUUUGCUGUGGACAAACUCGUAGUACUACAAGACAGUGUGCUGGCAUUCCACCGGCAUGGCAUGCAGGGAAGGAGCUUCAGGUCAAAUGAGGUGACCCAAGAGAUCUGUGACAAGAGCAAAUUGUUCACGUUACUAGGUCACGAGAAGCUCACCGUACUCAAGAGCCAUCCCUUAACAGACCCUACCGCUCCCUGCAAUAUAUACCUACUCACAGGACACGCGAACAUGAUGUGAACAGCUCCUGCCACAUCUGCAUCAGUGUGUACAUCUGCUAGGCAGGUACAUUAAUGGUGUAAACACAUGCAAAUAUGAUGUGGACAGUUUCUGCCACAUCUGCUUUUGUGUACGUCCACUUGUUGGGCAAGUUCAUGUGACCACAGGGCGUGCGAAUAUGUUGUGGUCAGUCCCUGCCACAUAUGGUUAGUGUACCUCCGCUAGGUUGGCAAGUUGAUGAGAAUAAGUUCCUGCCACAUUUGCGAUUGUGUACCUCCAAAAGGCAGUCAAGUAGACGACGUGAACAUUUUUUUCUUUGGACGUUCUGCUGCCCUCGUGGAGGUCUGAUGACGUGAUGCAUCUUGUGCCUACCAGGAGAUGGUUCUGUCGCAGGGGAUGAUACGGAUGGACGACAUCAGGGAUGGAUGUCAUCAAGGAAGGACAUCGUCAUGGUUAUGGAAGAAAGGAAAGAAGGAUGAAUUGUUUGUCCUUGUAGCCACUGUGUGUGAGAAUGGAGGAUGUAUCAUUUUGCAGCUAGACAGUGCUAGCUGACACCCCUCCUGUGCCCCUGAAGGAAUUCACAUAUGCCCUGGCCCGGAGAAUGCUGGUUUACAGAACUAUUUGGUGUUCAAGAUAUAUCACCCCCUUCUAAUCAUUAUAUCAUUUCAUCAUUGUGAGGUUUUUGUUGAAAGCCCAAGAAUUUCCUGCAACAUUUACCGACUUUACAAAUUGUGUUAAGAAUUAAGGUUGACUGACUGGCUACAUGAAUUGAUAACAGAUACUGUUUUGCAAACCUUAGAAAACCGCAGGGUGAAUAAGAGAGAAAAUAUUGUCAAAUAUGUACCCUCAUUAUCUUUUCUGUAGUAAAUGUAUUAUGUGACAUAUAUUUACAUGAAGGCAUUUGGUUAUAAAAGGGUCUCAUGCUGUUGACACAUUUCAUCCUUUCUCACAUUGAAAUGGAUCUACAAUGAUUCUGUUGUCUGAAAAUUUCAUAUUCAUAUAUAUAAAUAAAAGGCAAUUGACCCUUUUCUGAAGAAAGUCAACUACUCACACAUAUGAUAUUACUUGAUAAUGAGAAAGAUUUAAUAGUCACAUCCCAAUUGAGAGUUUAUGUUGAUGAUUAAAACCUAAAGCUGUCCUUUGUGUUGUUUCUUUUUUUUUGCAUGAAUACAAGUACCGGGGUUUAAAGAAAGAAAAUAUAGAAAUAUCGAAUUUUAACUUUAAUGAUCAGAAAUUCAGGAUAACGUCCUCCACAAAAAAAAAAUCUUUUUGACUUUUCUCUGUAUAAACUAGACAAAUAUAUGCCAUACUCACUGGUAUUGCUGCUCAUGACAAAGUCUAAAAUUCCUAGACGUCUAGUUGCCAUAAGCAGCAUUGCCAGCGAGUUUCGAGGUAUUGAAUAUUGAAGUUUGACAAAUAAAAUCUGUAUAUUUUGCAAGAUGAAUUACUUCAGUGAAUAUCGGCAAGCCGAACCAUGUAUAGUUUUCUUUCUCCAAUAUGGAAGUACUGCUCUAUGCAAGAUGUUGGAAAUAAGUAUGUUUUGCUGCAUGAAGCAACUUUUUUUGCUUUUGGAUAGAACAACAGUACAUACAUGAGAAUAAAUUUGUAAUUGUUGAAUACAUUUGUUAAUUUCCCAUUUGUAUUAUGUCUCCAUCCACCAAUGGUGGUGACUCGAGUCAAUUUCCUGUGUGAUUGUAUGAAUGUUUACCCUUUGUAGGCAAUAGUAUUGAUUAUAACAUGAUGAUAGGGAUCCUGAUUAAAUGAUUGGCGGAUAUCUAUCAUGUGACCAGUCACUUAUUUUUAAUAGCUAACAGGCAAUUUGCUAAUGACUUGUUCUCUUACCAGUCAUGAUUUUGAGAUAAAUACCAAGGACCAUAUGACUAUCUUAUGAAACAUAUAAACACAUCCCAUUUUAUUUUGCCAGGGCAUUUAAUUACCCAUUGUUUGUUACCAUUGAAACAGCCCAAACGCAUUCUGCUACUCCUCUGACAUGUAUAAUUCAAAAGAUACCUUGUGGGUGAUAUUUUAUUAAUACCCCCGAUUAGUGUUUUAUUUGUAAACCUAUCUCCCAUGGUAUAUUCACACCUGAAACUUUAAAAUUGAUUUAUUUAUUAUAAUUGUUUUUAUUCUAAUAAGUAAUCUGAUUGAAAGCAGAUGAAUCAAUUAAGCUGAUAACUGAGCAGUCCAUUUUAUGAUAAUCUGUAGAUUAAGGUUAGACAGAAAUGUGAAAAAUAUCACAAUUGUCACGAGCAAAAAAAAAAAAUAAGGAA